UGUCACGUGUAGUAUACGACAACAAAAUUAUACAUGACAUGACACUGUCAAAUACACACACAAUAUACAUAGACGAAUACAUAUACGUGAGAGGAUGAUGGCAUUACAACGCAUCCCUUUCAGCUUUCACGGCCGCGCCUGAAUUUUUCCACUUGUGUAUUCAUUCCGCGGCUCACGAGCUUUCGUGCUGGGCUGGAAGAGCUGCUGGGGGGGCACAUUUUUAGUGGCGAGGGGGACGGGAUCUUGUCUAUUCCAGCAAGGAAUCAUACUGCUUAAGCAAUGGGGUGUGUGUGGGAGGGCGCAGGAUGGAGUCCGCUCCACGCCACACCGUAGUAGGCACAUCCUAUAAAUUCCCCCGCCUUUUCCGUCUCCACUCCACUCAUCGACCCCCCCAUCAUCUCCCCUCCCUACCGAAAUUGUGCCUCCGGGUUGGAAUUUUGCUGCCUUCCCUUCCCUGACUGGUCGCCCGUCGGUUUGUGGACUUGCUACCUGCACCUUAAACCUGCAAAUACGGGAAUGGGGACGCGGGCAGCAGGUGAGGCGCCGCCGGCGACGCAGCAGCUGCUGCCUCCGGGGUUCCGGUUCCACCCCACCGAUUUGGAGCUGCUGCUGCAGUACCUCCGCCGCAUGGCCCUUGACCGCCCGCUGCCCGCCGCCGUCAUCCCCGUCGUCCACGCCGCCGCCUUGCCCGACCCCUGGGACCUCCCCGGCGCGAGCGAGGGGGAAUCGGCAUACUUCUUCAGCCUGAGGCAGGCGGCGUCUAGCGGUCGUGGCGGGCGGCGGAGGCGAGCGGCCAGCGGGUACUGGAAGGCCACGGGGAAGGAGAAGCCGGUGUUCGUGCAGCUGCCGGUUGGCAAGCGGCUGCUCGUCGGCGUCAAGACGGCGCUCGCCUUCCACCGCGGCAAGUCGCGCACGGACUGGGUGAUGCACGAGUACCGCCUCGCCGGCGCGGCGGAGCAGAACAAGCGUGCCAAUGACGACUCGCCGCAGAGCAGCGAAUGGGUCGUGUGCCGGGUGUCGCUGAAAAGCAGAGCAAGGAGGGCGGCAGCCGGCCGCGAGACGACCGCCGAUCAUCACCAGCAGCCAUCGCCGUCUUCGACCUCGAGCUGCGUCACGGACCACGCUUGCCACGCUCCAGACCAAGAAGAGGUCAGCAGCCAGCAGCAGCAGGAGCAGCAGCAUCCGAGACGCUAGCUAGCUUCCAGCAGCAGCAGCGCGAUGAUCAUGCCUCCCAAAGAGAGGCCUAGCCUAGCCAGGCAUACAAUUCCAGCCUCCCUUCCCUUCCUUGUACCUCCUGUCCUCCUUGUACGUACGGUCGUAGCGCCAUGAUAAGUUGAUAACGAAUGAGAAUUGGGUUGAAGAGAA